AUGUCACAUAAAGAUUUGCACAAACAAUUGAUAUUCACCACACUCACCCUCAAUUCCUCAACCAUAUAUUCCACAGAAAAUGUCAAGUUGGCGCACUCCAUUAGCAACUUGAACUGCUCCGAGCUCGUGCUGCUGGAACUAGGACUCAUCAAUUCUUCAAAAACCCUUAUUGGGCUGUUCCCCGUCUACACUAGUGGUGCCGUUACAAAGACCUUCCUAUUGCUAUAUUUCAUGAAGAAGACCCUAAAUAAUCCAGAUGGGAGUAGUGACCUUGUUACCGUUGUCACCUUGUGCCAUCACGACGUCAAUAAGACACUUGUUUUAUCCAUUCUAAAAAAAAUCAUGGACAAAUAUUUUGAGUUUCGAAAAGAUGCCGCGGAGAAUGCCGACGAGCAAGCUGCCUCAGAUCACCUGGCUCGCAGCAAACUUGGAGAGUUCAAAAUGUAUAUGACGCAUAUCAUCAAAUUUGAGGAGAUGCAAUACGACUCCAAUCAGCGCAUGUAUAACUAUGGUGCCACAAAAAGUAGUGACGAAGAUAAUGAUGGAGGGGUAAUCACACCGAAUCAGCUUCUCUUGGCCAAUGAGGAAGUCGGUGAAGUCAGGCUGUUGAUGCUUGAUAACAUCAACAAGAUUAUGAACAGAGGAGACAAAAUCAGCUCUCUCGUUGACCAGACUGACCGCCUCACGUCUUCUUCCCUGGUGUUCCAGCGAAAAGCACAAGCUAUCAGACGUAAAAUGUGGUUCAGCAAUGCCAAGUUUAUCAUCGUCUGUGUUUGCAUGCUCAUUCUUGUACUAUAUUUUUUCAUUGGCUUCGAAUGUGGGUUCCCCUUUUUUGGUCACUGUAUAAGGCACUAA